AUGUCUGGCCGUCUAACAGGAAAGGUUGCCAUCGUCACUGGUGGUGGCUCUGGAUUCGGUGCUGCAAUCGCAAAACGCUAUGCACAGGAGGGGGCCAAGGUGAUUAUUGGUGAUAUCAAUGUUGCCGGUGGUGAGAAAGUAGCCUCUGAAAAUCCAGAGAGCAUCGUGUUUACGAAGAUGGAUGUGACCAAGGAGGAAGACUGGACUGUUGUGGUUGAGUUAGCAGCGAGCAAGUUUGGCGAAGUAAACAUCUUGGUGAAUAAUGCGGGCACCACAUAUAGGAAUAAGCCUUCAACGGAAGUGACAUUAGACGAAUUCCAGCGUGUCUUCGACGUUAACGUCAAGAGCAUCUUCCACGCCUCGAAAAGCUUCAUCCCUAAACUCAUCGAACAAGGCAAAGGUGGCUCGAUAAUCAAUAUCUCCUCCACCGGGGCCUCCCGACCCAGACCGGGCCUUGUAUGGUACAAUGCCUCCAAGGGUGCUGUUUCGAAUGUAACGAAGGGCCUUGCUGCUGAAUAUGGCCCGAAUCAAAUCCGAAUUAACAACGUCUGCCCCUUGCUGUGUGGCACGGGCCUGUUUGAGAUGUUUGUUGGUGUGCCGAAUACUCCUGAGAACCGGUCCAAGUUUAUUUCGAACGUCCCUCUGGGUCGACUGACGGAGCCCGAUGACGUUGCGAAUAUGUGCUUGUAUUUGGGCAGUGAUGAGGCGGCAUUUAUCAACGGGACGGAUAUGAUUGUUGAUGGAGGAAAAUGUAUUUAA